AUGACUAGACCAUCCAAUGUUGAUGGUGUACGCCGUUUCCUAGGUAUGGUAACAUACUAUUCAAGAUUCAUUCCAGAUGUGUCGACAAUUACUUACCCAUUGAGGAAAUUACUUAUUAAAGACUCAACAUUCAGAUGGACCAAGGCGUGUGAAGAUGCAUUUUUAAAACUCAAAAAUGAAAUCUCAAGUGAUAGAAUAUUAACGCCGUAUAAUCCAGAACUUCCAUUAGUUAUCACAUGUGAUGCUAGUCCUACAGGCGUUGCAGGAAUGCUAUCGCACGUCCUUAAUGGUAUCGAAAAACCCAUUGCAUUUGCAUCUAGAUCGUUAACUUCAGCAGAAAGAAAUUACAGUCAGCUUGACCGUGAAGCCCUUGCAAUUGUAUUUGCAAUCAACCAUUUCUUCAUGUACGUGUUCGGACGCAAAUUUAAGCUAAUAACAGAUAAUCAACCUCUUACCAGGAUAUUUCAUCAAAAUAAUAAAUUACCAGCGAUGACGUCAGCUCGCCUACUUCGAUAUGCAUCAUUCUUAUCAAGAUUUGAUUACGAAGUCGAAUAUAAGAAGGGGCAUGAAAAUGUUAAUGCAGACUGCUUAUCCAGAGCAUCAAUACAUCAAGAGCAAUACUCGACCGAUAUCGCUAUUAAUGAAGAAGUUCAUCAACUUUGUUAUUCAACUAUUUUUGAAAUUUCAACUGAGGAGCUUACUACUGAGAAAAUUGUUCAAGAAACCGAUAAGGAUGAAGUCCUCUCAAAAAUCAAACAGACUAUACUUAACGGUGAAAUUGAUAAUAUCGAAUACACGCUUGACGCUGGAAUAUUAUUUAAAGGCCAACGCGCAGUCAUCCCAAAAAAAUUACAAGCAAAAAUUCUCGAAGAACUACACAAAACACACGUCGGCAUUACAAAAAUGAAACAACUUGCGCGCCGCUACUGUAUCUGGAAAGGAAUAGACCGAGACAUCGAAAACACUGUAAAAUCCUGUCGAAAUUGCGCAGAAGUAAAAGCCAGCCCAGCAAAAGCUCCAGUACACCAUUGGGAAGAGCCAACGUCCAAUUGGGACCGUAUUCACAUAGAUUAUGCAGGACCAUUUGAAAACCACUAUUUCUUAAUUGUAAUAGACGCUCGUUCAAGAUGGGCUGAAAUACGAAUCACCAAAGAUGCACCGACAUCAGAAAAGACUAUAGAAUUAUUAAAAGACAUCUUUUCAAUCCAUGGAUUUCCCAAGGCUAUGGUAUCAGAUAAUGCAACGAUUUUUGUAAGUGAAACAUUUAAACAAUUCUGUCGUAAUAGCGGCAUUUUCCAGAAAUUAAUAGCUCCGGGUCAUCCUGCUACAAAUGGCCUUGCUGAAAGGAACGUCCAAACACUGAAACAACGUUUGAAGUCGAUGCAGGGGGAAUCUCUCACGCUCAGUCAAAAAGUUCGAGAAAUUUUAUUCAAGUAUAGAGCUACACCGCUCGCAUGUGGGAAAUCUCCUGCAGAACUUUAUCUCCAUCGCGCUAUUCGAAUCAAUUUAGAUAUCCUCAAGCCAUUGAAAAAUACUGCUAAUUACCAGGAAAUUCCAGGUACACGCAAUUUAUCGAUCGGAGAGAGGGUACAGGCACGCUAUUAUACAAACCAAAAACCUGUAUGGAAAUUCGGGACAGUCAUCAAGAAGUUUGGUCAACUUCAUUACCACAUCAAGCUCGACAAUGGAUGCGUCUUCAAGAGACAUAUCGAUUAA